AUACCAGGUGCAGCAACAACCAACAGAGCCAUGGACAAGGAAUAUGUGGGUUUUGCUGCCCUCCCCAACCAGCUGCACCGCAAGUCUGUCAAGAAGGGGUUUGACUUCACACUCAUGGUGGCAGGGGAAUCAGGUCUGGGGAAAUCCACCCUCAUCAACAGCCUGUUCCUCACCAACCUCUACGAGGAUCGACAGAUGCCAGAUGCCAGUGCUCGCUUGACACAGACUCUGACCAUCGAGCGAAGAGGUGUGGAGAUUGAGGAGGGAGGUAUCAAGGUGAAGCUGACCUUGGUGGACACGCCUGGCUUUGGGGAUUCUGUGGACUGUUCAGACUGUUGGCUGCCUGUAGUUCACUUCAUCGAGGAGCAGUUUGAGCAGUAUCUCAGGGAUGAAAGUGGCCUGAACAGGAAGAACAUCCAGGACUCCCGAGUCCACUGCUGCCUCUAUUUCAUCUCACCCUUCGGCAGAGGGCUCCGGCCCCUAGAUGUGGCCUUCCUCCGGGCAGUACAUGAGAAAGUCAACAUCAUCCCUGUCAUUGGCAAAGCAGAUGCUCUGAAUCCUAAGGAAACUCAGGUGCUCAAACAGAAGAUCCGGGACCAGCUGAAGGAGGAGGAGAUCAACAUCUACCAGUUCCCGGAAUGUGACUCUGACGAAGAUGAAGAAUUCAAGAAGCAGGAUGAGGAGAUGAAGGGAAGCAUCCCUUUUGCAGUCGUUGGUUCAUGCGAGGUGGUGAGGGAUGGUGGAACCCGACUAGUGAGGGGACGCCGCUACUCCUGGGGUACCGUGGAGGUGGAGAACCCGCAUCACUGCGAUUUCCUGAACCUGAGACGGAUGCUGGUGCAGACACACCUUCAGGACUUGAAAGAGGUGACUCAUGAUCUGCUCUACGAGGGCUACCGGGCUCGCUGCUUACAGAGUCUGGCUCGACCUGGAGCUCGGGAUCGAGCCAGCCGCAGCAAGCUUUCCCGCCAGAGUGCCACAGAAAUCCCCCUGCCCAUGCUGCCCCUGGCCGAGACGGAGAAGUUGAUACGCGAGAAGGACGAGGAGCUGCGCCGCAUGCAGGAGAUGCUGGAGAAGAUGCAAGCCCAGAUGCAGCAGAGCCAGGCUCAGGGCGAGCAGACGGACGCUCUCUGAGGUAGCAGCAGCUGCCCAGCAAGGCGUCGGCUCCACCUUCAAUCCGUGUCCUGUCCAAUCCCUGGGCUCUAGACUGUCCUGAGACCCAAGCGGGUAGGCCGGCCCUUGCGCUUGCUUUGUGCAGAUUCUCCUGCUAAGCGGUCCACUCCUCUCCCGAAGUUUGUAUCCCUCCCUGACUCCCUCGGCCCGCCCAAACUCUACGUGUCCCGUCCAAUCCCUGACCGCUCCUUCCCACCUUCCAGAGUCCCCGGUUCAUUCAAGCUCUGCCUUUAAUAAAAUAC